AUCAAGCUGCUUCAUUGAAUUUUCCUUCCAAUUAGGCAUUGCAGCAGAGCACGCUUCUCUUGUGGAUGUCAAAUGUUGAAGAUUUCAGCAAUUUCAGAUAUAUUCAGCCUGAGUUCAGACAUGAGACAGGCAUUAUUCAUUGUUAAAUUGUCUAUAACACAGCUGAUAACCUACAAGGAGUAGAAUCAGAGCAACAAAGAAGAAGAAAGCAAUAUGCCGAUCAAGAAAAAGCAGUCAAAUGAAGGAGAUAACAGCAUCCGUUUGCAGAUCAUCCCACAACCCAGUGAAGCCAGUACCAAGCUCAAUGGCUCUGGUGGCUCGUUCUUUGAACCUCGAGCAGAAGGCAGCAAUAGGAGCAAUCCGACAUCAACUGAGCCUAGAGCAGCUGAUAGCCAAUACAGGAAUUUCUGGGACAAAGCUCCUGAGAAGAAGCUGACUCUCUUUGCUCUUCGCUUGGCAGUCCUUGAAAAGGCAGCCAGUGGCUUGGGAGCUCUCGGAUUCAUAUGGGCAACUGUAGUUCUCCUAGGCGGAUUUGCUACCUCCAUGGUGAACAAAGAUUUCUGGUUUGUUACUGUGAUCCUAUUUACUGAGGGUGCUAGAAUUUUUAGCCGAAGCCACGAGCUUGAGUUGCAGCAUCAGACAACGUGGACAAUUGCCGAUGCUGGAAAGCACAGUCUUCGAGCAAUUGCAUCCAGCUCCCGGUUCUUUAUGCGAGUAAUCAAAGCCAUCUUUCAGCAAUUAUCAGCAAUCAAAUCAGAAAACCAACUACAGAAACAUAUCACUGAUGAUAUCCAAAUGAUUGCCCAUACUCCUGUUCUUCCUCAUACUGGACAACAAACAUGGAUAUCUUCCGAUGUUACACUGAUGUUGUAUACUAAUUGGGUCGUCUUAUCCAAAAAUAUCAGCAGGGUGUUGUACUGGCUUCAGCUUCUAUCUGCCGUUGCUUGUAUGACUCUCUCAUUGAUGCGUCUGGUUCAACAAAACUACGGAGAGGACCAGCCUGGAACUGAGAAUCGGAAACCAGCACUCAAUCUCUUUUAUGGCUUAGCAUUGGCUGAAGCUCUCAUGUUCUUGCUAGAAAAAGCAUAUUGGGAAUGGACGAUCAGCAUCUGCAAGUUGCUUGAACAAGUUAAGCAGGAAUGCGAAUUUGGAACCGCAGAUAUAGGUAUAGUGCCAAUCAAGCGUUUCUUGUAUGAUGCAUAUUCAAGUUGCAUCAAUGGUAGUGUUUUUGAUGGCUUGAAGAUGGACCUUGUUUCUUUUGCUGGGGAGCUCUUGGAUUCAGAUUUCCAUGAUGAGCAGUUAAUAGGGCUUCAGAUACUGCAGAAGUUUGCAAAAAGUGACCGAUUUUCAAGCGACACACUACGGAAGAUAGGGACUUCAACUUCAAUGAUGGAGAGGCUAAUUGAUAUGCUGAGUUGGAAGAACCCAGCUAAAGAGAAGAUCAGAAGGUUAGCAGCUGAGAUUGUGUCAAAGCUUGCAGGGAAGAAGCAGAAUGCACUUCGUGUCGCAGGAAUUCCAGCUUCGAUGGAGUGCGUCUCUUCACUGUUAUACACUGGUCGGAAAUUAGACAACAAGCCUUAUGAAAUCUGGGGAAGGGACAUUGUUGCAGACCAAACAAACUACGAGUUCUCUGCCUUCAAUUUGUUGGGUUUACUGAUAUUGAAAAAGCUUGCCAAUGAUCAUGAGAAUUGCUGGAGAAUUGGGAACACCAGAGGGCUUCUGGCAAAGAUUAUAGACUUCACAAGUACCGGGGAGCAACUCCUAAGAAAUGACCAUGCGACAGAAUCUCAGAUCAAAGCAGUGAAGAGGUCGCUGCAAGUUGCAAAGAAGCUGGUGAGCACAACUGGUGAGACUGGGAAGAUGCUUCGACGAGAGAUAUCAAACAUUGUUUUCACAGUAAGCAACAUUAGAGACAUCCUGGAGUAUGGGGAAAAUCAUAUGUUGCUGCAAAUGCAAGGAAUUGAGAUGCUAACUAGUCUGGCAAUGGACCAGGAUGCAAGAGAGAAGAUUGGAAGUACUGGGGGGAUAAUCAGAUUGCUUCUUUCAAUAUUUUUCAAGCCAAGGUUAACACAGAAAGAAAAUAAAUUGUGUGUGGAAGCUGGUGAAACACUGGCAUUGUUAACACUGGAGAGCAUGCAGAAUAGCAAACAUAUUCUGAAUGAAAAGGGUGUUGUAGAUCAGUUAGUUGAUUUGCUAACAGACCCGGUACUCCAAAUUAAUUCAUCCAGGAUACUGAGGAACUUGUGCGCUUAUUCGGGAUCGGAAAACUUCUUCUGCUUGCGGGGAGUAACUGUUGCGGCACCAACUGUGCUGCACUCUAUCAUGGUGGAAGACGGAAAACUCCUCCAAGAAUCUAUUGGGCUCACAAUGCAGAUCUUCAGAUUCAUGACUCCUGAAGAACAAGAUAAAGAACUAAAAAGAGCUUGCAUUAGCGCAACAAACUUUGCAAAGAAACUAUUAGAGAUACUGGAAAAAUACAAUGCCCCAUGCGUAAAGGUUCCGAGGAUAAGGAGAUUUGUCAUAGAGCUGGUAAUUUGGUUGAUGAAAUCACAUGAGAAAUAUAGACAGUUAUUCAGGAAGUUUGAAAUGGACAGAGCAAUCAAGAGUGUGGCUGAAACCACAUCGGAGUUAGAAUGCUUCCCUGUCUUUUCCGGUAGCAUUGGACUCAACAGACAUGAUAUAAGUCUGUCUUCUCUUGCUGAUGUGGCUUUAGAGCUGCUAAUGAAUAUGAAAAGUAAGAUAUGAAGCGAAAAAAUCAACGAGAGCAUCGAAAUUGAUCUGGUGUUGAGCACUUGAUGAGAGCUGCAUAAAUAAGGUGCUUAAACAAUAGCAUAGAAGCUGAUAGACAACCAAGAAAUCUGAAUUCAUUUUUAAGAGCCCAGUUGUAGAAUAUAUAUAAAGGUAUGUGUAUAUCUUGUUCAUUUGUGCUCAUUGUGGCACUUUCUAUUGUUUGGAUUUUGAGAGAAAACCUGUAUAGUUUGAUAAUGAUCCUCUAUACAAAGUUCAUAGUGACAAGUAUUUUGUCUAUAAUAAUUGCGACAUUCUUCU